CUUCUGGUCCACCCGAGGGCGAGUUUCUUGCUGACAAUCAUACUCAGAAACACAAUGGCUGCUUCGCCAUCAUUCCACGUGCAGCUAUUGGUAUGGUCAUGCCAGAUCACGACACUGUCUUUACUACCUCGACAUCUGACGCGAUUGAGUUGAACGAAGGACAUCUGUCGCAAGACCACGAAGCCCGGCCUACCACAGAGAUCAUCGAGCCUACUGUCGAUUGUAGGGCCCUAGUAAAAGCAGCAAGAGAAAUGCCACUAUCUCCACCAGCAAAAGUCGAGGCUCUCGCACCUCCCGGCGAGAUCAAGCGCCGACUUGGGCUACAUUUCAAUAAGGUCACUCAAGAAAUGCCUAUUGCCUGCAACCAGGAACUCAAAGACGCCCCCAAUCCUUUCCUGUCAAUCACUGGCUUUGGCAAAGUUGGCUUUCCGCUAGGUCCGGAGGACAUCAACAGAAUCAAAGCUGCGAGCGGCCAGUCUGAUUCAGAGUCUCUUCAGGAUGCCAUAAACGUUGACCUCGCGGCUCCUGGACCACACAGGUCUUGGGAAGUGCCUGGUACUCUCUGGGAGGCAAGGAACCCGGCCUGGGAGAUCUUUCUCCAGUCUAUAUGUGACAAGGUCGAAGACGGGCUGAGAAUACAACAUCUCAACAAAGGAGUAGCACUAAAGCCAUCUUGCAUGAUCUUGUACGAGCCGGGAAGCAGGGUCGCUCCAAGCAGCAACCCUUCAUGUUUUUCGGCCCUGACAUUUGGGACACUAGACAUUGCCCUUCUAACGGAAGGCGGCGAUGUCUCCCACCAAUUCAUGCAUGACGAAACAACGCUAGGGUUUCCAAGACUCGAAACCUCAGAAUUUGAUUGUUCACUCACGGCAUGGGACCGUUGUCUUCCUCGGUCCAUAUUUUCAUGAUGUUAACAACAGCGAUUAUAGUUUUCCGCGGUGCGAAUCACGAGUUCCCAGAUCGAAUCGGGCUCCCGGCUCGUACUUCGA